AUGUCUCAAAGUAAAUAUAUUAAUCUUCCAGAUAUUGACACCCAACCAGAUGUUUAUGAAUCUCCUGAUACGCCUGAAGAAAAUGAUACUGUAGACGGUGGGAAUUACCUUGACCUUGAAGAACCAAAUGAAAAUAUUGUCAAAGAAAAAAUUUCUGUAGGUGAAGCUGUUGAUAAUAUAACUCGUCGUAAAAAAAACAUGUACAAAGUUUAUGUUAAACGUCCUGUUUUAGACACAAAUGAAUAUGAAUACAUAUCUAAGGAACCAACAUUGCGAGAAACCCCUGUACAAAAAUUGAGAAGAUUGAUUUUUGAAGCUCAAGAGCUUGAUGAAGAAUUGGAAAAAGAUAAGAAUGAUGAAUCAAAGCCCAAAAAACCUCUUCACAGUGCCAUGGUUGAACAAUUAUCCAGUUUACAAAAGGAUCUUAGUCGAUUAUCUCAGAAUAUAGGCGAACCAGACUCUAUAGAUGAAAAGGAAGGGACAAUAAUAAAACAAGCUGAAUUGAGUAAAAAAUUAAUCAACCAAUUACAAUCUUUCAAACACUCAGGUGUUCCCAAGGAAAAUGGGAUUUCAAAAGAUAAAGAUACACCAACUGCAACUGAAACUAAUGUUCAUACUUUAGCCAAGACAGUUGAACUUGAUGACCGUAUUGCUGCUUUAGAAAAACUUGUUGGUACAGCUCAUGGGCAAAAUUUUGAGGAUCUUUCAAUAUCUAUAACAAACACCAAUUUAAUUGCUGCCAUUGAUAAACUUGAUCAACAUAUGCAAUUAUUGGCACAACCACGACAUUUGGAAUCUAUUUCCAGGAAAGCCAAGACUUUGGUUGGUGAACUGGAGAAAGUUAAUGAAUUGAAAAAUAAAGAACUUUCAAAUGGUGGUGUCAUUCCAUUUGAAACUGAAGAGAAGAUAAACUAUCUUUUUACACUCUUGGACAAAGUAGAUCCUCUUAUGUCAAUUGCACCAGCAUUGGUUAAUCGUUUGAAAUCUUUACAGCAAUUACAUCAAGAAGCUUCAGUGUUCAGUGAAACAAUUAAAAUGUUAACCAGUGAACAAAAUAAGAUCAGUGAAGAAUUGAAAAGUUUAGAUGGUGUUGCAGAAAAGCUUGAGAAGUCAUUUGAAAUAAACGAUACAGCAAUUCAACAAAACAUUGAUGUUGUUGAUUCACGUGUCACAGACUUGGCUGGACGAUUAGAUAAAUUGUUGGCCAAUUUCAAAUAA